AUGGGUCAUCUAGACUCAUUGCCUCGAGAACUUCUGUAUCUGAUUCUCGAACAUUGUACCUUCGAAGAUUGCAAAAAUUUGCGAGAAACCUGCAAAUAUAUCAGUGGUCUUACAAAUGCCCGAGUAUUUCAGACAUACCGCAUAGCUUUCUUCCAAUCUCAUUUGGAGAGAUUCGUUCGACUUUCGUCAAGGCCAGAUAUUGCACAAUGCAUCAAACGUCUCGUCUUCGUAGGAGAUAUAUUACCGGAAAUCGACUACAUAAACACUUUCGAGAAUCUGAUCGAUAUGCGUGAACCCUGGUCAAUGUUUUCCAAAAAGUACAUUGAGGAACGCAUCACAGUGGAUACAGCACGUAUGGACAGUCGUUUGUCUUCUGAUGAUGAGUACGACUUCCGGAUGCGAGUGUUGACAGAGAGACAAGAUCUCCGUCAAGCGGCGUACAAAGAGUACGACAGCAUGCCCAAGCACACUCUCGAUGACGACGAGAUGUACUAUCACUUCGAGCAAUACGCGAGAUAUUGCUGCGAACAAGAGAUCUGGGGUCCGGACCAUUUGUUCCUUGAUGCGCUAUCAAGACUGCCAAACCUGACAUCCGUUGAGAAUGCAAAGCAUGGCUUUGCUGACAAUCACCUACAUUUUCCAUGGAAUCGGAUCAAGAAGGACAUCGUCAUCACUCCCGACAAUUGGAUGCAACUCAAUGCGGUCGAAGUCGAGGAUGAUGACGGAAGUGUCGUAGACGCGCUGGGGAAGCCUGUGCACAUGAAGCAUGCAGAUUGUCUUUUGGCUGCGAUCGGACGUCGGGCAACCUCAUCACAUGCGUCUCCACUUCGAUGUCUGCGACUUGUUAAUGUUGGUGCGCAAGCGUUCCUCGAUCUGAGUGAAUACUACUUUCACAUGCCAGAGAUCGAGCUUCCGGCAUACGAGUUUGAUACUGAUCUUUCUAUACCUGAAUUGAGGCCAGAGGCACUUCAAGAGCUGGUCUCCGCCAGAAUUCAGGGUUUAGAACACUUGGAAAAGCUAGAACUGGACGUGACGUAUACCGACUCUCCUCUACAUGGUCCACGGCUCGCUGUGAUACAGACAAGGCAACUGUUCCAGGAAAUACACACCAUCUUAUCGGCAGCAGCACAUUCGUUGAAAACUUUGAGACUUCAGUGCCGUGAUGAUGAGGGCACUUGGGCUGCCGAAGAACGACCCAUGAAUCCUGAAGACGACACGAUAGCUCAUCUCAAGAUUCCUCUGCUACCACAACUUGAAUCUCUACGACUGAGCUGCAAUGCAACCGAGAAAAGUCUGAUCGAGCUCCUUCGCGCACAAUCGAAAACACUGCGCUGUCUUGAACUUGUAGACUGCGAUCUGAACAUGGGCACCUGGAACUCCGUCCUUCGUCAAGUCCCAGAGAUAUUCGAGAUCGGCUUGCAACGCAUCUACCUGGAAGGCCUGCAUGACGAAGACUACCCACGAGAUACUGGCGACGAAGCAUUGUUCGAAGAUGGUUUGGAUGUUGGAGAAGGCGCACACCCUCACGAUCGCGCUAUCCUCAAGUAUUUGCUUCACGGUGGAGAGAUGCCCGAGUUGGAUUUCAAUAGUUGGUAUGAGCGCAACCGUGAGCUUGCUGACAGAGGCAUCACCGAGUGGGAAGACGAGCUCCUCGAUUCAGAAGUGCCGUAG